CCCGCCCGCCCGCCCGGCGGUGGAAGAUGGCGUGGGUGCUGAAGAUGGACGAAGUGAUCGAGUCCGGCCUCGCGCACGACUUCGACGCCAGCCUCUCCGGCAUCGGGCAAGAGCUGGGCGCCGGCGCUUAUAGCAUGAGUGAUGUUCUGGCACUGCCCAUUUUCAAGCAAGAAGACUCCAGCCUUCCACCUGACAGUGACACAAAAAACCCACCAUUUCAGUAUGUUAUGUGUGCAGCAACGUCUCCAGCUGUCAAACUGCAUGAUGAAACCCUUACUUACUUAAACCAAGGUCAGUCCUACGAAAUCCGGCUGUUAGAUAAUAGAAAAAUGGGAGAUAUGCCAGAGAUCAAUGGGAAAAUGGUGAAGAGUAUUAUAAGAGUUGUGUUCCAUGACAGAAGACUGCAGUAUACUGAGCACCAACAACUUGAAGGCUGGAAGUGGAAUCGCCCUGGAGACAGAUUACUUGAUUUAGAUAUUCCUAUGUCAGUUGGAGUAAUCGAUAUAAAGACAAAUCCAAGCCAGCUUAAUGCAGUUGAAUUUCUGUGGGAUCCUGGAAAACGAACAUCUGCCUUUAUUCAGGUACAUUGUAUCAGCACUGAAUUUACACCUCGUAAACAUGGGGGUGAAAAAGGAGUUCCUUUUAGGAUUCAGGUUGACACUUUUAAACAGACAGAAAAUGGAGAAUACACUGAUCAUUUGCAUUCGGCCAGCUGCCAAAUCAAAGUUUUUAAGCCAAAAGGGGCAGAUAGAAAACAGAAAACAGACAGAGAAAAAAUGGAGAAACGAACAGCUCAUGAAAAAGAAAAAUAUCAACCUUCGUAUGACACUACAAUUCUCACAGAGAUGAGGCUUGAGCCUAUAAUUGAAGAUGCAGUUGAACAUGAGCAGAAAAAGUCCAGCAAGCGGACUUUGCCAGCAGACUACGGUGAUUCUCUGGCAAAGCGAGGCAGUUGUUCACCGUGGCCUGAUACAUCUACUGCAUUUGUGAACAGUAGCCCUACCCCAACUCCGACGUUUGCCUCUACUCCACAUAGUACUACUUACAGUGUCCCAGACAGCAAUUCAUCAUCUCCAAAUCACCAAGGAGAUGGAAUUCCUCAAGUAUCGGGAGAGCAACUUCAUCCAUCGGCCACAAUCCAAGAAGCCCAACAGUGGUUGCUUAAACAUAGAUUUUCCACUUACGCAAGGCUGUUUUCAAAUUUCUCAGGUGCUGAUUUACUGAAGCUUACAAGAGAAGAUCUGGUACAAAUCUGUGGUCCAGCUGAUGGAAUUCGGCUUUACAAUGCACUUAAAUCAAGGUCUGUUAGGCCACGUCUAACAAUCUAUGUAUGCCAAGAGCAAUCAAGAAGUCUACAACUUGAAAGGCAGCAAGACUCAGGCAGUGGAGAGAGCAGGAAUGGUGCAAUAUAUGUUUAUCAUGCAAUCUACUUGGAAGAAAUGGCUGCCUCCGAAGUCAUGCGCAAACUUGCGUUGGUGUUCAAUAUUCCUUUGCAUCAGAUCAACCAGGUUUACAGACAGGGUCCUACUGGCAUCCAUAUUCUCGUCAGUGACCAGAUGGUUCAAAACUUUGAAGAUGAAAGCUGCUUCCUAGUUACCACAAUAAAAGCUGAAAAUGGCGAAGGCUUCCAUAUAAUUUUGAAGUGAUGUUGCCAUACAAUAUAAUGGACUGAUAUUCCAGUAUAGAAUGAAGUCAUGCUCAAGAAUGACAAAUAACAUCGUUUCUUCAGGGAUCUGACUUCACCGUAUAGAAUGUUUCAUAUUGAAAACAAAAGGUGACCUUUCUAAUGAGCUGUUUAGUAGAUGAACUUCCCACUGCCAUAGCCAAAAGUCCUCAUAAGAGGUAACAAUGCCGGAAUAGCUAACAUACAGGCAUGGAAAAAAACAAAGGAAACAAAGGUGUUUGCCCUUUUUAAAAUUAAGGCAAGCUAUGGCCAGUAGAUGCAGUUUGUAGAAGCGUUACUGCUUUCCUAUUACACUGUAUCCAGUUUGAAUGUAAACUUAUUCUGGGCAUUUACCUUUCUGUGCCAGUUUGUCUAUUACUCGCUUGUACCUUUAUGCUGAUUUUAUUUUUUGCUGUUAGCAGAGCACAUAGUAAUUUGUGUGGAAAUAAGUAGUAAAAAUGAUAGCAAUCAGGUUUUGGGUCUUGAGAGUAAAGCUGUCAAAACAGCAUCCUCUGUGUAAAUUGUGUAUAAGCGUGAAUGUAAGAAGUGUAAAUGUCAAAAGGUGGACUUACUGAAAGUCCUAGCCAGAUGAAAAUUAAGCAUGCAGCAGACCGCAUCAUCAGUACCUAUUUGAGAGGAUAAGAAGAAAUCCUGUGAGGUACAAUACUUUGCUUUGUAAUAGGCAUGUUACAGAAAAUCUGCCUAUGCAUCAUGUCUUUUUUAGUUUUUCUAUAAAGCACUACUGCAGCAUUUCAGUGUUUCACUUUUUGAACCACACUAUUAUUAAUAGUAGUGAGUUGGGACUUCCUCAUGGAGAAAAAGGGAAUGUCACUGACACCAAGGGACUAUUCUGAAGCAGAAAUCUACAAAUCAAACGUUGAUUUUGGUUACCGCUCUAGUUCAAGACCAGGAUCUUCCCAUGUGUGAACUGUUUGUUGCUUUUUUCCUCUGACUGUUGUGGAAAACCAUAGUUACAGUGCCUCUUCCAUACAACCAAAUACUUGAUUAGCAGUUGCACAACUUAAUGAAUGAGCUGCAAAAAUGUCCUUAAAUCUUGGCUGAAGAGCAGAGAACUAUCCAAGGACAGGUGCACAUGUCUGCUCUGCAUAUAGGUUUGUGGGAGAUUCAGACAGAGAAUGCUGGUUGUUCCGUCAUGGUAGGUGGCUUGCCCCUUAAUCAAAUAGCUAAAAUCUUAACUGAUGUAUUGAAUAUUUGAAGGUGGGAAGAGCAGCAUGUCAAAUACUGUUCUUAAUUCCCAUUUAUAAUUAUGCCUAGGUUAAGUCUUUAUGUUAAGAAUGUUUUUUCAUUCCUAGAGUAGGAUGAGGGCUUACUCCCCACCCCCCAUGACCUGGACUAUUCUGCACUGAUGGGGAAGGAGAGUAGAGUUUGUGAGCAUACUUCAUUGUUUGAGUUUUUCUUGCCUAUAAAUUAUUUUGGUUGUACUCGGGUGUCUUCAAUGGACUUGAUGCAUCAUCUCAUUUUUCUAAUCUGUGGAGAAUCUGAAAAAUGUCACUAAAUUAUAAAAGCUGUACAGUAGUUUGGUUCACUUGGAUUUAAUUAUGGCACCAGCAAAUUGCUUUUUGUUUUUAAAUAAGAUGUAUACAUUUCAAUUUCAGUAAAAACAUUUUCCAAUAA